AUGAAGUUUCUAAAUCUUCCAUACAUUCUGGUUGCCAUGGUAUUGGCUAGCAGUAGCAGCAGCUGCACUUCGAAUGGAAACGGUGUUGCUGCUUUCAGUCUUCCGAAACAAGCUCACUCCAGCGGCAGCAUCACAUCCUCCACUGAAUUGAAUCUAGAGUCCUUGGAACAAAAGACACCAGAUAACAAACAGACAUCCUUCUUGCUGGAUACCUACGGAGAAAAAUCAAGGAUUUAUCGUCGGAGCGUCUUUUCUGCUGCCGAUUGGAUCAAGAGCCGACGUUCCAAUCGCUUUAUUGAUACUCUCCUCAAGACUAGCCAAUCGGCGUUGGUGAGACAACUUGGAAUUGAAAUUCUAUUCAUUUCGGCCGUGGCCACUGCCAUUGUCACCUACAAUAACUUUUUCAUUGAAGGAUGGAUCGAUUUCAAGGGAAUUGAGCAUGAGGCCAUUCAUUUCAAUCUUCCAACUCUGGCUGCUUCGCCCUUUAUCGUUUCCCUUCCUCCUUUGGAACUUCCCAAGGAACCUUUUACCUUGACGUCGUCUUCCUUGGGUUUGUUGCUAUCCUUCCGAACCAAUGUGUCCUACAAGCGUUGGAACGAAGCCCGAACUGCCUGGGGAAAGGUCAUUAACGAUUCUCGCUCCAUUGCCCGUAUGGGAGCCAUUUGGUCCAAAUCCUACAAGGACACGAUCGAUGAUGCCGCCCUUCAACGAUUGGGGGAUGCCAUUUGUUCCUUUUCACGCGCCCUCAUGAACCGCACUCUACCACCCCAAGAGGACGAAACCAAUUUCAAUAUUUAUACCUACCAAAAAGUGGCCGAUCAAAACUAUGGACAAGUCCUGCGAUCGGCCAAGCACCGUCCCACGGCGGCCUUGGCAGAAAUUUCCAACAUUUUGGUCGACUUUCAAUUGAAUCCAUUGCACCAGGUCGAAGUGGAGCGGGUCGUGACUGGAUUGUGCGAUGCCCUCGGUGCCAGCGAACGUAUCUUUACCAGUCCCGUUCCUACCUUUUACACCCGUCACACGGCACGAUUCUUGGCCUUUUGGUUGUUGGCCUUGCCCAUGGGAUUGUACCAACCCAUGGCUGGAACAUGGAAUCAUUGGGGGGUCGUCCCAGUCACCAUGGCCAUUAGUGGAUUCUUGUUGGGGAUUGAAGAACUGGCUACCCAACUGGAAGAACCCUUUUCUAUUCUACCCAUGGAGAAAAUGUGCGAAGGAAGUAUCCGAACGGCCGUCAUGGAACAAGUGGAACGCAGUAAGGCUGGUAUUCAAUCUCCCUACUAUGGAGAGAUGUAA